AACAAUCUAGUUGGCAUUUGGCGCUUUGAGGCAGAAAUUGGAGCAAUUGUUCGGGGCAAUUAUCAACAUUUUGGAGACUAGAGAAGCUUGCUUUCCGCGCACAGUAAAGUCCAUCAUCCAGGGAUCAUGUGCUACGGCAAGAAGUUCAAUCCGUUCUACAUUGGACCCUUUCCGGACAGCGCAUGCGGGGACUGCCCCUAUGGCAUCUACUCGGGAUUUACGCGUUGUGGGUGGACUGGCGGGAACGGACCCUUUGGCACGACCUUUUAUGAUCCGAGUUACGAGUCUCCGUGCGAAGACUGCUGUGGAUCGGGUUGUAAGCCAUGCUGUGAUCCCGGCUGUGGGUCAUGUUGCGGUCGAUCGUGUUCUUGGUUUCGUCCCUGCUGUAGUCCCUGCUGUAGUCCUUGCUGUAGUCCCUGCUGCAGUCCGUGCUCUCGUCCUUUCCGCAAGUCCCGCAGCGGAGCAGACUGCUGCGUGAUGUGCGGCAGUGGCUUGGGCUGCUGCGGCGAGCCCUGUCGCAAGUGCUGCUAUCCCUGCUGCUGAGGAGGACACCAGUUCCCGUAACUCCCUGGCUUAUGGACUUUACUGUGUGUGGUUAAUUGGUUUCUUGAGCAAAAUUUAUUGUGAAUCACGAACAA